AUGAAGCGGGAAAUCCGAGGUGAAAACAAGGCUGCCAAGUUGACACCUUUUUCUAACAGUGAUAUAUUCAGAGAGCUGAGCAUCUCCCGGGCGAUGGUAUUACAAGUACAUAAGCGUCUCCUCCUGCUCGCCCAGCAGUAUGUGGAGAAGGAUCCAGAUUACCAGGAAAGAGUAAUAUGGGCAGAGAAAAAUACACGGAAUGCUCCAUUGCUGGAAGAGAUAAAAGGUACACGAAAAUUUGCCGGCCCUCGAUGCCAGGGUCCCAUCGCUAAUACCAACUGGUGCACGGUGGCCGAAUGGUCAGGCGGGAAGCCAAGAAUGGACGACGGGAGGCUCGCAGUGCUGUUCAACAAGUACGCGCUGGAGCAGGAAGGCCUGACGCCCGAAAACGACCAGAGAUCUCCGGACCGAGAAGACGCCGCCGAAACGAGGCCGGACCGAGACGGCAAGGCGAGGCGCAGCCGACGCGACGACGCAGAGCUCCCGGUGACGCACCAGCCGCGCAGCCAGCGAGCGCCGCCGCCGCCCGCCACCGAGGCCCAGGGCUACUUGGACUCACCCCCGCUGCCCAGGUCGCCCCGCCACUCUGACAGGUACUCUCGCCACAUGCCUCCUCAGCAUGACCCUAGGAGUCGUCUCUCCCGUUUAGAUGAAGAGUACUACUACGACGACGACUACGACGACGACUACGACGACGAGGAGGAAGACGAAAUGGGCGGCGACAAACCGGUGCCCAUCUGGCUCGGAGUGAUGCUGGUGUUCGCCUACAUCUUAGCCGGGGCCUUCCUCUUCGCCGGCUGGGAAGGAUGGGGCUUCCUCGACUCCGUCUAUUUCUGCUUCAUCACCCUCACGACGAUAGGCUUUGGGGACUUCGUGCCGGCGCAGGACCUGAAGGUGGACGUGGAACUGAGCAUCGCGCUGUGCUCCAUCUACCUUCUAUUCGGCAUCGCGCUUUUGGCCAUGAGCUUCAACCUCGUACAGGAAGAGGUCAUCAGCAAGGUCAAGAAUAUGGCCAGAAGACUCGGUAUCCUCAAAGACGAAGGAGAAGAAGAUGACGAUGACUAACGGGAUCGAGAGAGAAUACACCCAUGUCCUUCUUCACAGACUCACUCACGGACGCCCACAGAGACCCGCUCGACGACUGUGGCAUCAGCACGACGAAGACCAACAGCGUAAUCUAAAGGGACUAAUUUAUUUCCUCUUCAUAUGGUGGCAAAGGAUGCAAAGGAUCCGUUCGUAUGCGGGAUAUAUACUGUAAAAAUAAAGCAAGUUGAUGAAUAAGGUUGUUGCUUAUAAGAAAAUAGUGCAGAUAAAGAAGGAUAUGAUGGUAUAGUUUACCAGACAACAAUCUAUAAUGCAUAAAUUGUUGUUAUAAUUUCCAAUUACGUCACAGCCACCAUCGUGCCAUGUAUAAACAUGCUGUAUAUUAUAUUUGUUAAAAAUGUUCAUACAUGUAAUCACUGAAUGUCUUCAAAUAUUACAAAGUAUAAGUAAGUCGAUUGCUGCUGCAUAUAUCACAAUUCACAAACGUAAGGUGUGCAUUGUGUGCAUGACAGUGCCUGGCAAUCAUAUAUUACGGGGAGAGUGAGCGAAAGUUUAAUUAAGAGGUGCGAAAGUUGAGCGACGUGUGAGAAAUAAUACUUGAGGCAGCGAAAGAAUCACAGGGUAUCCUGAAGGUAUGAGGAAUCUGUACAUUACUAACCAACAGGGAUGAUGUACACCGCGGUGGGCGGAUGGGUAGAGCCUCUUGUAUGUCAUUUUUUUAAUCAUUAUCAUCACGGAGUGAAAUAGUACAUUUUGAAUGAACUUCAGUCUGCCCAAGCUCUGGAUACCUUUAUGUAUAACGGUGGGCGACGUUGACAAACGGCUGUUACGCUGAUGUGAUGUAAGUAGGUAACACAAAUGGCAUUAAUAUGCCGCAGUGGGCAGUGCCAGAAUGAGGAUAGAUACAGAGAAGAAAAGAUCGAAAGCGAGAGAGAGAAGAGAGA